AUGGCAGCCAGAGAACAGCACUUCUUUAAGUCUUAUUAUGAUGAUAAUGAUGAUGUGAAAGAAGCAAAUUGUGUUUUUAUUUUCCUUUUCCUUCAAAUAUUUUCAUUUGGUGGAGAGAAAAAAUACUCUCCAGUUCUCCCACUUGAGAAAUACUGUCAAAAUAUCUCAGACUGUGAACAAGAAAAGGACCCAGGAGGCUCUUAUUUAUUUUGGAUGGUGGUCACAAUGUCGUCAACAUGGGGAGUUUCAUAUCUGACUCUGUUCAUAAUCCUGGCUAUCUACAUUACUCUCUCCACCACAGUCUCAGCAGAAACAGUAGAGAAUCAUACUUCAUAUCACCCUCCAAUUGCUCUUCCCCUCAUUGGAGGGGAAGCUAUCAAAAAAGGACAGUGGCCUUGGCUUGUCUCCCUCAAGUCAAAGGUUGUGAUUAAGAAAAUAUUUGGAAUACUUCCUGUCUACAGAGAAACAUGGUGUGGAGCUUCUCUUAUUGCGGACCAAUGGGUCAUGUCAGCUGCCCAUUGCUUCUUUGAUGAUAAUUCAGAAGAGAUUCCAGCUAAAUUUUGGAAAGCAAGACUGGCCUCUGCCUCUUUAAAAUCUAAUUUGUGGGAAAAAGUGAAAAAUAUGUUUGGGAAAAUUUUCAAAAAGGUUAAAUGGCGCCAAUGGAAUGUCAAAAUUGAAAAAAUUUUCAUCUUUCCAGAAUUCAGUGAAAAGCAGAUUGACAAUGACAUUGCCUUGGUAAAACUUUCUCAGCCUGUUCCAACACAGUUGCUUUCCACAAUUAAACCAGUAAGACUGACCCAGUCAGGAAAUAACUAUUUCCCUCCGCCUGGAAUGAUGUGUGUCAUGAAAGGUUGGGGCUGCACAGAAGUUGGUGGAAGUGUAACAAAAAUGGCCCAAGAGAUUGAUCUUCCAAUCAUGAGCAAUCAUCAGUGUUCACAAUAUUUUGGAAAACUGAAUAGCAGCAAAAUAUGUUCUGGAUUUUUCAAACAUGCCAAGGGAUUAUGCAAGGGUGAUAGUGGUGGACCAUUGGUGUGUCCAUCACCAGAAGGUUGGAUACAAGUUGGAGUGGCAUCAUUUAUGCGAAAGGAUGACCCUGAAAACUAUCCUGGAGUUUUCACGCGUGUAUCAGCUUACAGAGAUUGGAUUGACGAGACAAUUAAAUCAAACAGUUGA